UGGCACAAAUUCUGUGCAUACACAGACACACAACAUGUAGGUCCAGGACUCCCUGGGCGUGUUGUGACUAUACCCCUGGUGCCAAGCACAAUGCCUGGUGUAUAGCAGGUGCUCAGUAACUGUUUUUGAAAUGGACAUUUCUCUCCACCUUAAGCCAAACCAGUAGACUCACUGCUACUAAGAGAUUGCAAACCUCUGUCUCAGACCUUUGCAGAAGUGAUGCCAAAGUAGCAUUUUGUGGGUAGCAUCAGCAAUUCCCAGAUUUUAUGGGUCAGCGGGAGUUAGUUCUUCAUGAUGCCUUGAAACCUGAAGUGUAUCUGUGGGACUGGCACAGCUGUAAGAAAGCCCUUUAUGAGGUCAUCAUCCCCCACUUGCCAUCUUUCUCCAAAUGCAGACAUGCAAGCUUUUAAAAACACUUGAGAAGCUACCAUGCCUCGCUUUGCAAACCCUCUUUUCAGAAACAUCAUUAACAGAAGUCAAUUUGAUGGCAUCAAGAGGACACAAUGCCUCCAAUAUCUGAAAACCCUGAGAACACUGCAAUAUGAUGGAUUUAAGACCAUAUAUUUUGGGGAAACCAGUAUCCCAGAAAGUCUCGUAACUGGGGAAGAUGUUAGUGAUGGACAUUACAUGCAAACCCCAAGCUGGUGUAUUGUUCACGCUGGGGGUAGUCAGGGAUGGGUGCCUUGGCAAUAUCGGAUGUUCCUAAGAGAUGAGCUGUGUGUCAAACAAGAAGACAGCCUCUUCUCUGAGUUCUGUGACGUGGUGAGGAAGGCCUAUGGAAAGUGUGUUAUCGUGGUCAAAGAAAGAAGGCAGCAGGAAGAGCAGAGGCCAAAGGAAGACAGAGAAGCUGAGGGCCAGUUCUGUAUCCCUGCAGUCAUUAACUUAGCAAACACUGUGUGUUGCCCAGAGGUGGCCAAGUCCUGUGGCCAUGAACUACUCUCUCUGCCUCCGCCCUGCAAUUACCUGAAUCCUUUAGACUCAGCCUGGUCUUGUCUGAAAUGGUUUAUCUUCAAUAACAGAAAAGAGUUUUGUUUGCAGUCCAUUGAUGACGUCUGUUCUUACCAAUAUAUACUUUUCAGCAGUUUAAUUACCGAAGGGAUUGAAAGGAUAAACCCAAGCAAGUGGAGAACUUUAAGUAGCAGAGUACGGAGAUGGGAAAACCACUAUCUUGGGAAAUGUUCUUAAGGGUGAUUCCUCCAACAAACAGUGAGGCUGCUGUGUGUCGGAUUCCACACCACUGCAGCCAGGCAGACUUCAACAGCGCCCUCACGCCGCAAGAACUGAGCGGUUCCUAAGGAUGUUGGCAAAGCACUUUUUCUAGAAGUUUCAUUAAAAUUUGUUGGU